UUUCGGUAUCUCGUCGGGUUGUAUAAAAGGGCAGGCCGCCUUCGUCCGUUCAUCACUUCCAAAACCAAAGAUGAACCGACAAAGUCUUUCGGUUUUGCUGUGCGCCUUGCUUAGCACCACCCUAGCUCAUGAGCUGCUGGCUGGGCACCAAAUCGCGCACCAAGGUAGAUCGAAGCACCUCCCGCAUGCGCGCUCCCACGUGCACCACAAUACCAGGGCCCUAGAAGACCAGGUGUGCGAAUGGAUUUGCGACGGCGGCAAUGUUCCUAAUCCGUCAUCCAACAGCAGUCUUCAUUUACUAGUAAACGAAACUUCCCAGCUAGUGGUCAUCGUCAAUGUCACCGCGGGCGCAGCCCUAGUUAUCGACUUGAAAGACAACAUCGUGGGGCUUUUUAAUGGCACAUCUGGAGUAGCCAUAAUCAUCGACUUCAACGCCCAAAUUGUCCUCUACAUCACUUCCCAGGAUAGUGAUUUGGUAUGGAUCAAGUCCAAGCAAUCGAUCGAGGUCUACUUUGAAUCUCUCGUUUCUCUAAAAGUCUUUGUGGAAGUGUCUUCCUGCAAACGCUUCAAACUGUCUAAUGUCUCAGAGGAAGUUUUGAUCAUAGUCAACCACAUACUGGUACGACUCGUGGCAGGGCUCGAAGAGCAACUCAAAGUUUCUAUACACGCGGGCUUGACUUUACUCGUCACCAUCACCAAAUCGUUGGUAGUCGUUCUCAACGGGACUUUGAAAGGAAUCUUAACGCUAGUAGGCAAAGGGUUGAUAAAGUUGAAAGGCGAUUUGCAGUGGCUAUUGAACGUGCUCAAAGGACUGGAAGAGUUGGUUUCACACAUCAAAGGCGGAUUGGAGGCUUUAAUCAAAGCUGGAGUCAAACUAAACAUCGCUCUGCUAUUGGCAGCCGAAAACGGAAUCGAUCUGCUGGUGAACCUGCUCAUACAGAUUGUCACUAAAAUAGAUCUGUCUGCUGUAUUGGGAUCACUUUUGAACACGCCAGAAAACUUGCUGAAACUGCUUAUUAAGUUGGGAGGUGAUGUUUCCUCUGGAGUGGAUGGCCUUCUGAAGGUGGUAGCCAAUCUGAUAGGGGUAAUUGAAGGCAAAGUAGACCUGAAAGUUCUGAUUGAGAGCCUAAUCGCAUUCUCGGUAUCCGAGCGACAUGGAGAAAUCAACAUUUCAAUCUCGCUGCAAGGUCUAUUGGAAGUUAUCAAACUGCAAAACUCCACGCACGGCAACUCCAAGGGUCUCGAGGGCCUAGCCAAAUUCGUACAGGAAUUGAUAAGCGGUAAACUGGUUGUAGGGGGAGUCAAUAUAUCCGCCAUCAUCGAGAUAUUGGUAAAAGGAGUCGUCAAAGGUGCCAAACACGCUAUAGAAUUGGUGGUGACAGUAUUAGUGAAACUGUCUGCAGCAAUCAAAACUGCGGUAUCGAUUCCAACGCUUGUACUGGUGUUCCUAGCGCAACUGAACUCCACCCAGGGGGUUGAGCUGCUGAAGAAGGCCGGGAUCGAUGUCAAAAUUGACGUCUCUUCGAAUGGCAAUAUCAUAAAGUCUCUGCUAAAGGGAUUCGACAUCAAAAAACUGCUUACCGGAGGUUUCGAUCUCUAUAACAUACUGUCCAGUUUGCCGGUGGUCGGGCAAAUACUGGGCUCGGUUUCAGCUUCCCUUCAAGCGGCCAGCGGCGGCUCGUUGAACCUGAAGGCUAUCUUCAAAUCGUCCGAAUCGGCCUCGAUUUCGCAACACAUCAAAGCGUUCCUGGAGGCCGCUUUGAGCAUCAACUUUAGCCAAAUUAUACCGGGAUUGCCUGGUCUGGGUGGAAGCUGGUCCACGGAGAAUUCGCUGAGCUGGAGUUGGGGGUUCUAGAUUAAAGUUUUUUAAAGAAAAUAAAUGGUAUGCACAAUGAA